UGACCAGGUCAUAAUACCCUCGGCUGUCAUAUAAAGUUGUUAUAUUUUUUACAAAAUCAAUCUUUUCGUACCUAUAUAGGAGAUCACAUCAAAGAAAGCUAUAAUGAGAGCAUGGAUAAUACUUCUGUACUCUCAAUGCAUCAUCUUUAUCAACUGCAAAGAUGCCACGGUAUCCGACACAGUUGAUGGAAAUGAAAAAGAGGAGGCUGAAAGAAUGAAAUCUCUGAAGUUCUCGCAUCCUAUUGGAAGAAGAGAGCAGGGAAAUGUUUUAAAAUCCAAACUUAACACUGGGAGAAGAAACAGAUUAGCCGAAACACUAUUUACGCGUCCACUCGGUAGAACAAAGAACUGGAAACAAAAGGAAAGUGAUGCAAUACAAAACAAUGUGGAAAUAGCCAAUCACUCAAAAAAUGUACUAUUAACUACAUCAAGAGACGAGGGAUUAGAAGAAUUAUCAAAGAAUACUACUGGAAAAAUCUAUGACCCGCCAAUUUCAAAUGUAGAAAAGGAUACUCUUAGUCAAAAUUUUCCAAAUAUCAACAACAGUAGGCCAAAAAGAAUUAGUACUAACCAAAGCCUACGAAAGCCAAGGAGGAACUGGAGAAAAUACCUAGCAAUAAGAAGGAAAAUUCUAAAGAGACUCCGAAGGAAAAAUAUAAAAAUAUUUGUAAAAAGGACAAAUGGACGUAUUUAAGCAAACUAAUAAAGGUACAAAAGAAAGAAAACACGUAUGAGACUUCAAUCUGUAGAGGAAGAUGCGGAAUUUAGAGGCAGCAAGUUCAACCCACUAAACGAGAAGUGGGAUUAUAAAAACAGAUUAUUACAUGAUUAAUAUUUUGUAGUAGUAAAAUGAGACUUAAUUGUUUAUUCCCUUUGAUGAUUUAUAAUUCGUCCUUUUGUCUUAUCCUCUUGAAUAAAAGACUCAACAUUUCUUAACUUG